CUUAGUUCUGUUGAAGAGUCAUACGGACUCGGAACGUUAACUGUGUUCCUGGCCGCAGAUUUUGUCAGACCUGAAUUUUUCCAAGUAUUUUUAUUUUUCUAUGGUAGGGAUAUUAAUGUUUCUGUCCCCAAUUGGCUGCCAGGCAUCAAUCAGAGAGCCCACCCACUCUCUGCCGACUCGCCUCUUUCCCUCUUCCACAGCUGCUUCACUUCCUGUAGGGACUGAAAACCAAGUGAGGAGAUGAAGGAUUGCACUGUACUACACCAGAGAAUACAGAGAGGAUAGACACCACAUCCUGACCAUUAACCAAAGAACAACUGCACAACUGUGGGAAGACAUCCAGUCCCUUCACAGCAUUGCUCAACAUCAUCUGGAAAUCAGUCAGGUCAGGGGAGCUUUGUCAUAUCAUCAGAUCUGAAACUGGUCAGUGGUGUGGAACCUUCCAUCAGAACCAACCUUUCCAAAGGUUCGGCUGCGGGUGAUCAGUCAGGGUAAGGCUGGGCAGAAACGUGAGUGGACUCCAAGUGUGGUGAGAGCUUCAAUCAUUCAUCGAGCCUCAUGAACCACUGACGCAUUCCUACAGGUGAGAGGCUGUUCAUGUGUCAGGUGUGUGAGGAGGACUCCACACUCACAAGACCUCCUAACAUACAAGGUGUGUCCGUCGCUCCAAUUGUAACAAGGACACCCACAUGGCUGAAAAACCAUUCAAAUGUGAGGUUUGUGACAAAGCCUUCACAAAUUCGACAUCCUUCCUGAUACACCAGAGGAUUCACACAGGGGAGAAACCAUUCAGGUGUGAUUUGUGUGACCAAGUUUUUGCACAGUCAUCAACGCUCGUGAAUCACCGACGCAUUCACACUGGGGAGAAACCAUUUAAGUGUGAAGUGUGUAACAAAAGCUUUACACAGUCAUCAGGCCUGGUGAAUCACCGGCGCAUUCACACAGGGGAGAAACCAUUCAAGUGCGAGGUCUGUGACAAAUCAUUCUUGCAUUCAUCUCCCUUCCGAAGGCAUCAACGCAUCCACACUGGGGAGAAACCAUUCAAGUGCGAGGUGUGUGACAAGUCAUUCUCUCAGUCAGGGAACCUCCGUACACACCACCGCACCCACACAGGGGAGAAACUGUUCAAGUGUAAGGUGUGUGAAAAAUCAUUCUCUGACUCAUCGAGCCUCUUGCUCCAUCAGAGGAUUCACACAGGGGAGAAGCCAUUCAUGUGCAAUGUGUGUGACAAAUCAUUCUCUGUGUCAUCGAGCCUCCGUGUACAUCAACGCACUCAUACUGGGGAGAAACCAUUCAUGUGCAAUGUGUGCAACAAAUCAUUCUCGAGGUCAUGCAACCUCCGUGUCCAUCAAAGGAUCCAUACGAGGGGGAGUAACCCUUGAUGUGUAAGGUUUGUGAUGAAGCUUUCAUGCCGUCUUUGACCAUCCAGGAGACCAGAGAAUUCACACACAGGAGAAACUCUUCAGGUGCAAUGUUUGUGACAAGGCUUUCACCCACUCGUCCAAUCUUCUGAAGCACAAGCGAAUCCAUUCUGGUGAGAAACUAUUCAGGUUUGCGGUGUGCGACAAGACUUUCACGCAGCGUAUGUGCUGGUCCAUCAACGCAUUCACAUAGGGAGGCCCCUUGUCGGUGUGAGUUCUGUAAUAAAGCCUUCACACAUUUGUCGGACCUCCUGGAACAUCAGUAAACUCAACGAGAACUACCUAGCCAAGUUUUAGCCAAUUUGCUGUCAGUGUGAGACUCUAUACAAGCGCUCACUAGAAAGGAUGUUCACUGGUAUUGGGGCAUAGGACAAAAAACAGCUUUUACUCACAUCAUACAACUAGUGACGACAACACCAGUGCUGUGGUAUGAUGAUGUCAAUGAUGAAGUCACCCUGCAGUAAGAUGCCAGUGAAACAGGUCUUGGAGCAACCCUCAUGCAGCAAGGACAAUUAGUUGUGUUUGUAUCCAGAACGUUAACCCAAACUAAAGGACACAGACUGAGAAAGAGAGCCUGGCUGUUGUCUUUGCUUGUGAACAUUUUAAUCAGUACCUGUUUCGGAGAGAGAAAGUGAUGGCGCAGUCUGAUCACAAGACAUUUCAAUGCAUCUUCUCAAACUGCUUCUAUCUGUUCCAAAGAUUUGCAAAGUUUAUUUCUUCACUUGCAGAGAUAUCAUUUGGAAGUGAAGGACAAGCAAGGGAAGCAGAUGUACAUCACCGACCUGCUGUUGAGAGCUGCGGUCUCUUUGAAGGAAGUUGAUGGUGUUGGUACAGAGUGUGAAAUCUUCCACAUUCAACAAGAAGCAACAGCACGACAUGCUCUGGAAGUCAUCAACCCAGCAGAGACACUUUUGCUCAGAUCAAACAAACUACACAAUGAGAUACAACUCUUCAAAUGUUACAGGAAGUUGUGAUGAAAGGAUGGCCCGAAACCAUCAAGGACACACCUGUUGCUGUGAGAGAGUAUUGGACAGACAGAGAUGAAGUGAUCACCCAAGAUGGCAUCUUGUACAAAAUGACCAGGGUCAUUAUACCUAAAGAGAUGAGAAAAGUCUGAGGGAGGGAAGAGAAGUACUCUACUGGCCAAACAUGAGCAAAGAGAUUAAGGACCACAUCAGCCAGUGCAGUGUUUGUAAUGACCAUCAAGCUAAGCAAGGUAAAAAGCUGCUCAUGAUUCAUGACAUCCCAGACAGACCACGGAUGAAGCUUGGAGUAGUCCUCUUCACUCUCACUGGAACUGAUUAUCUCGUCACAGUCGACUACUAUUCAGACUACUGGGAGUUAGACCAGCUGACAUCAACAACUACCAGUGAGAUUGUAGAACACCUGAAAGCACACGUCAGUCGUCAUGACAUUCCUGACAUUGUGAUGAGUGACAAUGGUCCUCAAUUCAUGAGUGAAGAAUUCAGGCACUUGAUGAAUGAUUGGGAAAUUCAACGCUACACAUCAUCUCCACACUAUCCCCAGUCAGAUGGAAAGGCUGAGGCAGCGAUGAAAACAGCCAAAGGGAUCAUUAAAAAAUCAACUAGAUCCAGCACCGAUGUGUACAAGGCAAUAUUAGAGUGGAGAAACACACCUACUGAAGGCAUGGAGAGUUGUCCAGUGCAGUGACUAAUGUCAUGCUGCACCCAGAUUACUCUUCCAACAGUUAAAAAACUACUGAGGCCAGAAGUAGUAACAGGGAGUGAGUGACAAGAUCAAAGUGAAACGACAUAAAGACAAAUUUCACUUUGAUGAAGCUGCCAAAUCGUUGGAGAGCCAGUCAGAGUGAAAACAUUCAACGCACGCAACAGAAGUCAGCUCACUUGGCAACUUGGGUCCUGUGUGGAGAAGUUGUCACCUCAAUCAUACAUGGUGAAAGUGAACGAGCAGAUCUAUCGUCACAACCGCAGACGCCUACGUGCAACCAGAGAAGCUGCUCCUUCACAGCAGACAGCUGAUGAGGCAGAUCUGAUUUCACCAACUGAGCAAGGAACUCAACGACCAUCAGUCCCAGAGGUCAACCGUUCCCCAACAAAUGCAGCGGAUCAGCAGCAACAAUUACCACGGCAACAACAUUCCCCAGAGAGACAAUGUCACUUCAGGAACCAACAGACACCAGAUGAACAGUCAACAACAACUCACACACGUACCAUAAUAAGACCUGAACACUUUAAAGAUUGUGUGUGUGUGUGUGUGUAGGGACAGACAAAAUUAGAACUAACUAGAAAGAAUAAACAGUUUUUUUUCA